CUUGAGGAAAACCUUUGUUGUUAGUUUUCUUUGUAGAUAGGUAGCUUUAAAAUUUUUAAACCUUUUGAUUUUGAUUCUGGUCUAAUAAUUAAAAAUGAAUUUAUUUUAGUACUUUAAAAUCUCAGUGAUAUCUUUAGUGAGUAGGUCAGGGUUCUUUAGUUAUUUUAGUUUACAAUGUGAAAUCGACUAACUGACGUAUAAUGAAAACUUUAUAACUAUCUGCACGUCUGGGGUCUAAAAAUGUCAUCAGUAGGGCAGUUAGUGCCACAGGCGACACAUGGCCCUCCAAACAUGACCACCACAUUCAACGGACCACACAUAGAAGGGUCAUUCUGCUCCCUGAUUGAUUACAACUAUGAUCCCAUUAUCAGUGUGAUUUGUGCAAUGUACAUCAUCUUUGGAAUUGUCUACACACUCUUUGGGUACCGAUGUUUCAAAGCUAGUAUGUUUCUAACGGGUUUUACCUUCGGCUCAGCGAUAGUUUAUCUCAUUUGUCUUCAGGAAUAUUUAAUGCCACCUUAUGGGAAUGUUGGUGUGGCGGUAUGUGCUGGACUGCUGUUCGGUCUCAUAACAAUGUUGAUCCAGUACGUGGGGCUGUUCAUGACAGGCUUCCACACGGGUCUCCUGCUCGCCAUCGCCGGCCUCGCCAUCUACGAUCACUUUCUUGAAAACAAACCUAAUACGUACUGGCUCUGCGUGGUGGUGUUGCUCGUCUCCGGGAUAUUCUUCGCGGUCAUUAACCUCUACUGGAAGAAAGUGCUGACGGCGUUCGGCACGAGCGUGUACGGCGGCGCCGUCGUCGCGACCUGCCUCGACUACUUUCUGGAGCGCAUGGUCAUGCUCAAGUGGUUGUGGGAGCGCGCUAAGCUGGAGCCUGUAGUGGUGCCGCCGUGCAGGCUGUCGUGGCUGGCGCUGGCCGCGUGGCCUGCAGCCGCGAUCGUGGGGUUUGUGGCGCAGGGCGCGCUCACCGCCGCCGGGACGCACCACGAGCAAAGUAUAGGCGCCCAGAAGCGUCGGUUGAAAGCGCAGCAGGCGCGGCCGGUGACGCGCGAGCAACGCGCCGAGAUGAAGCAGCGCAAGUACCGGUACUUGUACCAGGUGCGCACGGCGCACGGGGACGUGAUCUCGCAGUCGUACGUGCAGGCGCUACAGAAGAAGGCGCAGUGCGGCAACUGGAGCGGCGCGUGCGGCGGCGGCGGCGGCGGCGAGUGCAGCACGCUGCAGAGCGACUCCACGCACCUCACCGUGCUCGCGCCGCCCACCGACUCCGACGACGACCUCAACCAGAUACGCGCCGCGCACUAGGUAGGCGCCACACGCCGAGACGCGGAGUUAGGUUAAUUCCGAGCACCCAGUAUUAUCGUGCGAGGUGCCGUCGUACUCAUUACGUCAUCAUAUUAUAGUAGUAGUGAUCGAUAUUAUCGAUGUAUUUGUAUUGGAUGUGAUUUUACGAAAUUUUAUUAUUAUUAUUGUAUUUUAUAUUGUAAUCACAUUACUAAUGUCUAAGUGUCGGAGUUCGAGGCCAUUUCUUUAAUUUUUUUUUUUCGAUUACACGUAUUUUUAUUAACUUAUUAAAAAAAUUGUUACGAAUUCAGAAGUUAUCGAUACCUCGAGGGGCCGAAACGGCUAAGUAGUUAGAAUCGUUCUCGAGUGACGUCGACCCUCACCGAAAUAAUUAAAACACUGCCAUAUUGAUAGCUUUUAUAAAUACUUUAUAGGUCGUAAAUGAUUACAGAGUCGAGAACGACGGCCUCGGACUCCCCCGCUACCUCGCCCGCACGAGCGAGCGUGCACUAGGAGAAGUCUGUCUGUUGAACCUUUCGAGAUUUACUAUGAUAACAUUCCCACAUUUUGUUGUUACUCUAACGUUUCUGCUGAGAUUAGUUUCGUUUGUAUAUUCCGUUGGUGGAGACUUGUCGUUUCCUAUCUUUAGACUGAACUGAACGAUUACGGAUAUUUCGCUGAUGGCGUUCCUCUGCAAAGCACAAUGCUGUCGAGCGGGUAAGCUCUAUAAGAGCGCAACCAGCGUCGCGUCCAGCGUGCGACCGUACGCGUACAAUGCGCACGGUGCGUACGGCGCGAAGCGUACGUUCUGUUCGACGUGUGAUAUGUUAUAUUUUGGCCAAAGUUUAUUUAAGUUGUUACAGCUAAGAGCACAAUUAUUUUUGUUCACUUUUAAUAUUUACGCGAACUUUACUGCUUUCCUUAGUAUUAAGUGGCCGUUUCGAUCGUUAUGUCUUUGUCGGUAAACCGCAACGGUUCUAGUGGCGCAGCAGACGGGUCGGGGCAGGCGGUGCGGUACGCGUACAUGUGACGCAGGAGCCGUACAGAUAGUUUUAGUUGGCAUUCCUCCGUAUGUCCCCUUCGCGCCGUGUCCGUCUGUUCGCUCAACUCUAGUCUUUUGAUCCCGCGCGCGUGUGUGGCGAUACCGUCACCGAUGACGUCACGUCGUAGACGUCCUGCGCGCCCGUAUUAUAUACGAAUUAUUUGUUUUCGAUGUAUUUUUAUUUUAUUUUGUAAAAGUUUCUAACUUUCGUCUACUCAAGAUAAGUUAUUAUGAAUAAACUCUUACGACUGUUAUUUUAUUUUUAGUUUAAUUAUUAUUAUUUUUGUGUUGAUUUGUAUUGUAUUUUAUUAUUUUUCAAACGUAUGCGUGUGUGUGUUUUAUUUGAUUCCUCUCACACUCUCUCCCUCUUGUAUAAGAUAUUAUAUGAAUAGAUUAUUGAAAUAAAUACGAUCGAUCGUUAGAUGUAAAAAGGCUAAGUCGUAAUCGCUAGGGACGCAUACCGGAGACGAGUUGCGUCAGCCGUCGAGUAGUACACUCGGAACAAUAAUAUGGUAAGUGAGUUCCGACAGUAGGUCGAUAGUCGAUAGUCGUGCAUUCGUUUCGUAAUAUUUAAUUUGAAUGGCAUUCACCAGUGCACAGUGACUAUGAUCACUUGAAAUGAAAAUGAUAAUAUGUUGGUAUUGUAUAAUUUCCCAUGUAAGUGCUGUAGUCGCGCGACGUACGUCGAGUGCGAGCUAGUACGUGCUCCGGGCGGGUACGUGCCGAAGUUAGAUACACCCGGGAAGCGGAAGGUGAUAUUUUAAAGUAAAAAAUGUACGUUAACUGUAUUUUUGUAAAUAUGUUGUAGGCGAAAAAAAUAUUUUUAGUGAGCGCAACUGCAUUCUCGUCGUAGAACUCUCUCGUCACUGUUUGUCUAAAGUCGCGGUGUCGCGUAUAGCGCGUCCCGCUCGCACUCCCGUCGGUGUCGCGUGUAGCGCGUCCCGCUCGCACUCCCGUCGGUGUCGCGCGUAGCGCGUCCCGCUCGCACUCCCGUCGGUGUCGCGUAUAGCGCGUCCCGCUCGCACUCCCGUCGGUGUCGCGUGUAGCGCGUUCCUCUCGCACUCCCGUCGGUGUCGCGUGUAGAGCGUCCCGCUCGCACUCCCGUCGGUGUCGCGACGCUCACAUACGAACGAUAUUUCUAGAUCUAAUGUCUUGAGUCGAAUUCGAAAUACAGACAUUUAAUAUUUAUAUCGUGUUGAUGUAUUUUAAAGUUAUGGUGUAUUUGGGGUUCCGUAUCACAGAAGGGGCUUCACAGUUAGACUCCGUCCGUCUAAACAUUCAUUGUGAAAUUGCCCUCGGGCACGGGGUCAAUAGAAGGAUGGUAGGUAGUAGGACGAUACGAAGUUCUGUUUCUAUCGGCAGCUGUAGCGAAUAAGCAAACCUUUAAGGCUAAAUAAACAAAUAGGAACUUAACGAAUAGGCACUUUGUCCUAAUAAGUCCUAUUUCAAAGGCGUUGUCGAAUGAUGUACAUAAUAAACAAAUAUGAAAUAUCCGUCGGCGGUUCAUAGAACCACCGCAGCGCUCGAUGGGCUUCGGAACCCUGCCGAUUUAAAUCGCAAUAGACGUGUGUUUAAGUUAUGACCAUUUUAACAUUUCUUAAAUUAGAAGUAGUGUAUUUGCCAGCGCGCAACGUUCGCCUUUGCGUAACGCACAAGUUGAUAAUAACACUCUGGAAGUAUAUUUAUUCAACCUUUUACUUUGACAAAAUAUACUUUUCGAGACAAUAUAAAUAUAGACAGAACUUAAGUAGCAAACUUCCCUCAUACUCAUUCACCGUAUGGUGACACCAGCGUGAGGCCGGCCGUGUCGGUCUUCACCCGUGACACGUCAAGUCUAAAAUUAUUAUUAAUUAAUUAACCUUGAUGUCCUAGGAAUUGUAAUUAACAGUGCAAAGGAAUUGCACAAUUAUUGUGAUUCUAAUUAUCUUUUAUAUAAAUAAAUAAUCUCUAAGCAUUAAAUGUUUCUAGAGUUUUAUACCGAGUGAUCAAUAAAGUGAAAUAUUCUACAAUUAUGUACUAAAAUUGUAAUAAGUAAUUCCUGAAGAUUUCCUUACGGACGGUGUCGUCCAGGCGAAACUCUAGGAACAGGCGACUACAAACCACAACCUGCGUUGAUCACAUCGAUACCGGGCGACUGCUGUACUUUUGUCCUUUGCGGCGUCCGCUCUGCGCUGGAGGGACGGGCUGACCACUUGAUGUGUUUUAUUUCCUUUAGGGAGAAUACUCUUAUUAUUUAUAUAUUUUUAUUAUAAAUAUUUAUGAAGAUCACAACUGGAAUUUGUGCCAUUCUCACUUGUAGCCGCAGCGCGCCGGUAGAAUGUCACAAUUUUUAAUAAUUUUCCUCAAAAUUUAAGAACAAUCAAGCAUUCAUAAGGGUUAUUCGCGGCCGCCGAUCCGCCUGUUAGUGGAGGGCUAAUUUUGCCAAGUACGAACGUAAUUUCCAUAUUUUAAUAAAUUGUAGCAAAUCGAUUCUAUUGGUAGAUCCAAUGAUCCACUGGACGUACCACAUUCAUACAAUUCUCGUCCAUCUUAAAUCUAUAGAGUAUUUUUCUAUGCUGAAGAGCAAAAACCGUAUGAUGUCUGUAACACAGACCUCGAGUUGUCGUAGGUUGUCGGUCUGGUCGAGGUGUGCUCGUGCCACUGUCUCUGGUCUGCCCGUACGAACACUCGCGGGCCACUCGUACACAAUUAGCAGUAGAUAUGUUGGACUGCAGUCCUCUCUUGCCAAUACUGUAAUCUACGAACGUUAUUUUAAUAAAUAAUUUGU